GUGACGUUGAAACGGAAUGAAGGAACAAGAUCUACCAUUCACUAUGAUGAAAUGCAAAAGUCAACGCUAAUGCCACUUUGGCACUAUCGCAAUAUUUCAGCACACUAGACGUCAUGGAGAAAUUUAUGAACAUUAUUAAUGUUGCAAUAUGGCUCAGUCAAGUCUAUUUUCAGUAAUACAUCUAAAACUCAAAAUUAUAUGACGUUUGUGCUCGUGAUGACUAAGAGAAUGGAAGAGAGUCUCAAGUAUAUAAGUAGGAUAGAACGUUAUGGCAAGAAACAUUGGCUCGGUCACACCAAACGAGUCUUGAAUUUUCUAUUUCCCCAUUCAACUAUUGUAGAAUCACCAUUAGUCAUUGCUACUACAUAACUGAUCUCUAUUGGUACAACCCUAUUUUCUAUUUACACUCUCUGAGCGCUACCAACAUUCACGAUGAAGACUACGUUGUGCCUUUCAGCUAUCAUGGCCGCUGCCUACGCUUUGCCAUCACCAAGUCCUGCCAAAUGUGGUGCCGACUCAAACUGCGAGCUGGUCAACAUCAACAGCACCAUGAGUUACAGGUUUAAGUCUGGUUUCGAGCCAGGGAGUGCAAACCACCAGAAGCAGUUCCACCCGCUCCCAGCUCGCCAAGACAACGACAUAGAACUCAGAGUUAUUAUGGGAAAGACCAUGAUGCAGUGGGGGUGUGAUGUGGACGUAGGCUCGGCCAUCACAGGCACGAUCGACGACAAAUGUCAACCUAAUGCCGGUUGUGACCCAACUCAGGCACUCGAAUUUGAUGUGAAAAAGUGGGAGGGCGAGAGCGAAGAGCCCAGCGACGCAAAGCUGAAAAUCACCGCCGACGGAAAGUAUUACGACCAGGAUAUCAGGGACUUCCUGAAAAGUGUUCUCCAAAUGACCGUCACCGACGACAGCGUCCAGGUCGAUGAGCAAGAAUGGGUAUACACGCCGCCUGCGUCGGGUCAACACUGGGGAUUGCCCGGCGACCAUGGUGAUUGCGCCAUCAAGGAGUUUCCAACCUAUGUCGCUGUUGUUAGGUUUGAAGAUGAGAAUAUGAAGGAUUAUAUGGAGAUCCGCGCGGAGCUCGUUGAGCCUAAGGAAAACUGUCUAGCCGCUAGUAUCCUAGGCGGAAUCGCUGGUGCGAUCAAUCCCCUCGCUGGCAAGUUUUUCUCGGUUGCUAAGGUGGUUUGCGAGGCUGCAAUGGCAUUUUGAAGUGUGGCGAGGAGUAUUGCUGGCCGCAAGAUAUUCUUGUAACUUAGAUGAGUAUAUGUAUGGGCGGGAUCACGUUGUAGCUAUAAAUUAUCUUUUCACUCUGUUUGUGUCGAUAACAAAAUCAUACGCUCUCAGCCACCUUAGGACAGAUGCCGUAACGCCUCACCAUCUAGAACCAGCGCUGCCCACCGACUAAGUAUUAUUUUGUUUGAUUACCAGAUAACUUGACUAGUCAAAACAAGAUAAGACCUUUUAAAUU